AUGAAUCCCAGAAGCUAUGCUUCUACUUCUUGGCCUUUCAUAGCCUUUGUUUAUGCAGUUACUAUCAGUGAAUUUGUGAUUGUGAGUGAGAGCUCAUAUUCCACAUCUUAUGAAGAUCACUUCAUGAGACGCCUCGAUCCAUCUCGUCUGCACAACUAUCAGUACGAUGGCCUCUCAUCUGCAUCUCCUUCUCACACUUAUCCUUCUCAAUCUCAUCUCACGCCAAUAUCGGGAUCGCGUGUUUAUCACGUGGUUUCCUAUGGAGCUGAUCCUACUGGGGAAACUGACAGCACCGAGGCGAUAGAGAAAGCCAUCUCUGAUGCAUUUCGGUAUCCCACGGAUGCUCACUUGAUGAAAGGCAUUUUAGACCUAGGAGGCUCUCAAAUUCACCUAGAUGGAGGGACUUACAAGAUCAGUCGCCCCUUGCGCUUACCAGACAUAGCCGCUGGCAAUUUCAUGAUACAUGGAGGAUCACUACGCGCAUCGGAUUCUUUUCCAAGCGAUGGCCAUCUUAUAGAAUUAAGGCCAUCGUCACCCUCUGUAAUGUAUGAAUAUAUCACACUCAAGGACCUGAUGUUAAACUGCAAUUUCAGAGGAGGUGGGAUAGCCAUUGUCAACUCAGUGAGAACUACAGUAGAUAACUGCUACAUAUCACACUUCAUGAGCGAGGGGAUAGUAAUUGAAGGUGGGCAUGAGAGUUACAUAAGAAACUCAUUCAUUGGGCAGCACAUUAACAUGGGUGGAGACCGAGGUGAAAAGGACUUCUCAGGGAUCGGAGUAAAAAUGAUGGGAAAUGACAAUGUGUUGAGGGACAUAGUAAUAUACUCGGCAGAGAUUGGAGUGAUGCUGUUGGGACAAGCUAAUGUGUUAAUGGGAGUACAUUGCUACAACAAGGCGAGGGGAUUGGGUGGGAUCGGAAUUUACGUGGGGUCACCUGGUUUUACACAAACAAGGAUAGUGAAUUGCUACUUGGAUUACACAGGAGUGGUGGUGGAGGACCCAGUUCAAGUGCAUAUAACAGGAUGCUUCUUCUUAGGGAAUGCAUUGGUUGUACUGAAAUCAAUAGGGGGAGUAAUAAGUGGACUGAAUAUUGUGGAUAACAUGUUUUCGGGAGAUUAUACAGGGGUGAAAAUAGUAGAGUUGGAUGAAUCCAAGACUCCCUUCACUAGAAUUGAUCAAGUGGUGGUAGAUAGAAAUAAUGUUCGUGGGAUGGUGGUUAAAACGACGGUGGGAAGAGGAUCCACAAGAGCAAAUGGAACGACUUGGACGUUUGAUUUCUCAAGCCUAUUGUUAUUUCGUAACCUCAUAAAAAAUGUAGGGUACUCAUUGGAGAUGGAGCAGACUCAGGGUCAGGGUCAAGGUCAAGUUCAGGUAUUUCCAAACCAUGCCUUAACUAAUGUAUCGCACAACAGAGUAACUGUUCAGUCGAAUGUGGCAGUAGCAGCUACGUUACAUGUUCAAGUACACCAAACAACCUAUGCUUUGUGA